UUUGCCCUUUUCCGGUACAAGAACAGUACAGGUUCUACUGCAAUGCAAUCCCUCUUUCAAUAUCCUAAUUAAUCCUUCUUUAUACGAUCAUUUCUUUUCCUCCUCUUUAUCUUCAUAAAUUCAUCAUAUAUUUUUGUUCUUCAAUUAUAUCACUUCAAUCGACUUGCAGAACCACAAGCUCCUCUUCCUAAUUAUUAAUUAGCACCAGAUGGAAGCAUGAUUAAGAGGAAACGGAUUCAUCAACCUCAUUUGUUUAUAUCCUUCUUCAAAUCAUUCGCUACGAGCCCCUUACCCCUAUCAGACCCUCCAACUGGAACUUCAUUUCCUACAGUUUCCCCUUGUCAACAAGAUCAUAAAUCCUUGUGUUUUUCCCUUGCUGAAAACCUAAUUAAACGCGGGCUUUUGUCGUCUGCUCGACGAGUUAUUCAGCGUCUUGUGUUACAGUCGCCCACCAUCGUUGAUGUAAUUUCCGUCAUUGAUUUUGCUGUCUUCCGAGGCGUGAGUCUUGACUUGUCCACUUAUUCUGCCCUCAUUUGUAGACUUGUGAGUGCGGGUGAAACCCGGAUAGCUGAGAAUUUGUAUAUUGAUAGGAUAGUGAGACUAGGGCACAAGCCUGACGCUCCGUUAUUGGGUUCCAUGAUUAUUUGCUAUUGUAAAUUGGGGAAACUCAAAGAGGAAAAUGACCAUUUCCAGAAGCUUGUUGGGUUGAAGUCAUUUUCCAGUGGAAGAGCCUGUUCUAAGUUUCUUGGGCAAAUUUUUGCACAAAAUAGAUUCUUUGAUGCAUAUGAUUACUUCGUUAGGAUUAAUGAUGCUGGGAUUUUACUUUCUGUUUCAUGUUAUAAUAUGCUGAUUGUGGGGUUGUCAUUUAGAGGGUAUGUUGAUGAAGCUCGCCAAGUGUUUGAUAUAAUGCACGAGAGAGGUGUGCCACCUGUAUCUCAUUUGUUGAAGUCACUAGUAUUUGGUUUCUGUAAGACGGGGAAAGUUGAGGAGGCUGAAUUGCUGAGUGCAGAGAUGGAGUCAUAUGGUUUCUUUGUCGAUAAGGUGAUGUACACUAGUCUUAUUAAUGGUUACUGUAAGAACAGGAAAAUAAAAAUGGGGAUGAGGUUGUUCUAUAAAAUGCUCAAGAUGGGUUGUCAGCCAGAUAGUUAUACAUACAAUACAUUGAUAAAAGGUUUUGUUAAUUGUGGAUUAUUUGAUAAAGUGUGGAUUUUACACAAGCAGAUGAUUGAACUAGGAUUGGAACCUGAUGUGUUGACUUACCAGAUUAUGAUCAACAAAUGUUGUAAAGAAAAGAAAGUUGAUUGGGCGUUGGCAUUGUUGCGUAGUAUGUGUGAUAUGGACAUAAUGCCUAAUGUGUAUUGCUAUACACCCAUCAUCCCUGCACUUUACAAGGAAAACAGGGUGGAGGUUGAUGAAUUAUACCAAAAGAUGCUGGAGUCUGGAGUGAUUCCUGAUCAAGUGUUGUUUUUUGCACUAAUGAAGGAGUACCCGAAAGGGCAUGAGCUUCAUCUUACACUCAAGAUUUUGAGUGCAAUUGCUAAAUAUGGUUGUGGUUUUGAUCAUUCAUAUCCAUCUGUUGCUUUUGUACCUGCUGAGAACAUUCAAUCUGAAAUCGACCAUCUUCUAGGGCGAAUAAUAGAAAGCAGGCCUCAUAUGGCUAAUAUGGUUUAUAGUAUAUACAUAAUUGGACUGUGCAUGGGAGGAAAAAGUGAUGCUGCAUUGCGAUCUGCAGUUUUCAUGGUCAAUCUUGGAUUUCAACCUCUGCUCUCAGCUUAUAACUCCUUGAUCAAGUCAUCUUGUGAAGAAGGAUUUGUUGAGCAUGCCAAGGCUCUAAUUGAACUCAUGGAAGACAUGGGUAUGGUUCCAGACUCAACAACUUUUUUAGUAAUGGUUAAUGAGCAUUGUAAGCGGGGUGACUUGGCAUCUGCCUUUGAUGUUCUUCGUCAAAUGGAUGAGAGGAGAAUGAAACCUAAUGUUGCUAUAUUUGAUUGCGUCAUCGGUUGUUUGGGCAGAGAGAAGAGAGUUUUUGAUGCACACAGUAUGUUCAAGAAGGUGCUUGAAAGUGGUGUAGAUCCUGAUGAGGCUUUGUAUGUCAGAAUGAUUAAUGUCUACUCCAAGAAUGGACAAGCAUUUGAAGCCAACCGACUAUUUAACCGGAUGAUGAAGGAGGGCCUGCAACCAGAUUCACAUGCUUACUCAGCACUUAUUAGUGGAUUAAUUAAGAAAAAUAUGAUGGAGAAGGGUGUCCAUUAUGUUGGUAGUAUGUUCAAAGAUGGUUUUAUGCCAAAUAAAGUUCUGUAUACCUCCCUUAUUGAUCAAUUUUUAAGGAAAGGGGAGCUUGAGUUCGCAUUUAGACUAGUUUCUUUGAUGGAAAGAAGUCAUAUUGAGUGCGAUCAGAUUACAUACAUCACUUUGCUCAGUGGCAUCUGCAGGAAUCUUCAAUGCUACACUGGCAUGUGGCAUGAUACCCGUACAAAGUUUGGAAAAGAGAGAGAAAAGCUGUAUCAUGUUCUUCAUCAAAACACAUUGUUUCCCAAGGAGAAUGAUAUGAGAAUUUCCAUGACAACUCAUGAAGAUCUGAAGUUCUUAGCUAGAAAAUUAAUAAGAGGAAUUAAAGAUAGUUGCUACAUGCCUAAUUUAUAUUUGUAUAAUGGCAUAUUAUCUGGAUUUUGUCGUAUGGGUAAGUUUGAGGAAGCAUAUGGUGAGCUGGAUGCGAUGCAAAGACAGGGUGUGGCUCCUAACCAGGUAACCUAUACCAUUCUCAUCAAUGGACAUGUUCAGGUUGGUGAAAUUGAUAUGGCUGUUCAGUUGUUUAACAAAAUGAAUGCUGAUGGUUGCUUCCCAGAUAGAAUUGUAUAUAAUAGUCUGAUAAAGGGAUUUUGUAAGAACAGGAGACUGGUUGAUGCCUUAUCUCUUUCACAUGCAAUGUGUAAAAGAGGCUUUGCUCCUAGCAAAAUUGCUUAUGAAUAUAUGCUUAUUAGUCUUUGUGCUUCGCGUUUGAUCAAUGAAGCAUUCAGUAUAUGUGAAGAUAUGAUCACCCAUAAUUAUUUACCAUGUCAUUAUAAUGGUAACUGGUUGCUACACAUUUUACUCGAAGAAGACAAGUUGCACGAAGCUCAAAUGGUACGUAAUAUGAUGCUUGAAAGAGGAAGAAAGUUCUCAAAUCCAAUGAGACAGAGAGUUCUAAUGAGCUCAUGAGAGAUCUAGUCUAUUUUCAUUUGGUAAAAUGCAACUCGUCGGCACACAAGUUAGAAACACAUCUCAACCGUAUCGAUUUCGGAACAUAAGUUCAUAUCAGGACUCUCUCUGGAAAAGAUGGUUUCAAAGCAGAGUAACAUGAUGUGGGCAUCAAUGCCAUUCAGAACAAGGUUCGGUUCAGUUGGAAACGGCACCAACCCAGUUGAUCAAUACGCAAUUUCUAGACUCUGUUACAGGUGUCAAAAUGAUGGUGGCUGGUUGCUGAAAAUCUCGUCUCUUUGGCGAACAGCAUGAAAGAACCAAAGAUAUUAUCAUGAGCGGUGAAUGCCUUGCCUCCAACACGCUAGAAUGAUCAUUCACUUUCAUGGAACUCAUUUCGACAGCCAUGGUCCAUGGAGCUCGGUCAGGUGGUACUGAGCCAGGGUUCAGAUCUCAUGAAACAUGGGUUUGAUUGUGCAGACCAAGGUUCGGUUCAGUUGGAACUCAAUCCAGUUGAUCACUACUGCAUUUGGUAGACUCUGUUCGAGCCCUGCGAUGAAUGGCACAGCGGUGGCCGGCAACCAUGCCCUACCAGCAAUAAGGCCUUCCACCGUGAACAUUCGUGCUUCACUCGAGCUCAUAUUAGCAUGGUAUCCGGCCCACUUCACUCGGUUUUCCAUGGCGGCACCCGGACCAA